AUGUGGGGAGACAGGGGUUCUUCCGACAAAGCUAUUCGGUUGCUCUUGCUGGAUCAUAAGGAUUCCCUGAUAGAGGCCGUUAUUCCGGGGAAAAGAAAAAAGAUGAGCAGAGGAAGCGGCGGUGGAUACGAUCGUCACAUCACUAUCUUCUCUUCAAUGUCGGUCAAAUAUGCAUUCAAAGCCGUGAAAGCAGCUGGAGUCACAUUGAUCGGUGUGCGAAGAAAAGAUUCAGUAUGCGUCGUCACUCAGAAGAAAGUUCCGGACAAGCUUCUAGAUCAGUCAAGCGUAUCUCAUCUUUUCCCUGUCACUAAGUCCUUGGUCACACAAGCAAGGAAUGAGGCUGCUGAGUUUAGGUUCCAAUAUGGAUACGAGAUGCCUGCGGACAUUCUUGUGAAAUGGAUUGCAGAUAAGUCACAGGUCUACACACAACAUGCUUUACAUGAGACCCCUUGGAGUAGGUAA